UAAAGAGUGGGGUGUGAACUAUACUCGAGGGGGAAAUCGGGAAAAUAUCAAAGAAAGCAGCACAGGGAGAAAGAGAGCUAAUAAACAGUUGAAAAAAAAGGCUCGAAGAUUUGCGAAGCGAGUUACCUUCACCUACAAUGGAUUUGGCUGAGCUGUGGGCGAUCUUCGGUCCCGGCGUGGCUGGAGCCGUAUUUGGAGCCGGUUGGUGGUUCUGGAUCGACGCCGUCGUUUGCAGUUCUGUUAAAGUCUCCUUCGUUCACUAUCUUCCUGGUAUUUUUGCGUCAAUUGCCGCCUUGAUGUUCAAUUGCGUGAGAAAAGAGGACAUUGAUUAUUCUCCUUACGAAGAAGGCGAGUGGAGAUUGAAGCUCUGGCUAUUUCUUGCUUAUGUUGUAUCGUUUGUCUCUCUAGCGGCUUCAGUUGGCCUGUUAAUACAAGAUUCACUUGUGACAACUGGUCCAUCAGUGUGGACAGGAACUGCAGGUGUCUUGCAGUGUGUUUUUGUUUUGAUCAGUGGACUCAUCUAUUGGACUUGUCAUUCUGAGUAAGAAGACAAAAGUCAACAUAUUGACCAUCUGGAGGUUGAAAUUUACGAGGGAAUGUCUUCUCAAGAAUCUGUUUUAUUUGUUUACUUUUGUAAAUGUAUGUGUUGUAAUACAUCCCCAAGCAGACUUAAUGCAUCUCUUAUGUGAUUAUUGGUAAAUGAAGAUUAAUUCCGGAUGUACAUGUUUUUUAUGAUAUACCAUACUUGGACUGAA